AUGGCACGAAACGUUUUGGCUAAGGAUCAGUUCGUCAAGCUGAUCGUCGGCGCCGGUCAAGCCAGUCCCAGUCCCCCCGUUGGUCCGGCUCUGGGUAGUAAGGGUGUCAAGUCUAUGGACUUUUGCAAGGUGAGCUCAAUCAACAAUCCAUAUGCGCGCGACCGGUUGAUUAAUAGCCCUUUUCAGGAAUAUAAUGCCCGCACCGCCCACAUCACCGUCGGCGUCCCUAUUCCCGCGCGCGUCUGUGUCCGCCCUGACCGCUCCUUCACCUUUGAGCUCCGCACUCCCACCACCACCUAUUUGCUAUUGAAUGCCGCCAAUGUCGAGCCCCGGAAGAACCGUCUGCGCGGUGCGAUGAACCCCGGCCACGAGGUCUGUGGCCAGAUUUCGCUCAAGCAUGUCUACGAGAUUGCCAAGAUCAAACACACCGAGACACGACUAUCGGGAUUGAGUCUGCAGGGACUGUGCAAGAGUGUCAUCUCGCAGGCCAAGUCCAUUGGCAUCCAGGUUGUUCCGUGA